CAUGGCUGACGAGCGCCGGGAGUCCUCGAGUCCUAGCUCAGCGGUCCCGGAGCCACGCAUUCCGGACCCGCCGGACCUGGUUCUGGUGUCUGAUGAGGACCGCCCUGCCACACCCCCGAGGGACCUCAUCGAGAUCCAGGUGGUGAAGGUGACCGACACCACUCUGGUCCCCGAGCCCCUGGAGCCAGGCCCUCUUCACUGUGCCUUGUGUCCAGCUGCCUUCCAGCUGGUAUCUGAGCUGCUGUUCCAUGAACAUGGCCACCUGGCUGGGGCCGAAGGCGGUGGGCCGGCUGGGAACCCCAGCCAGUGCCACGUGUGUGGCCACCACUGCCCGGGCCCCGCCAGCCUGCGCACCCACUACAGCCUGCACACAGCCGAAAGGCCUUACCGCUGCAUGCUCUGCCCGCUGUCCUUCAAGGCGCCGGCGCUGCUGCUGCGCCACCAGCACCGACACGGGCCCAGCUCGGCUGUGGCAAGCCGCGGGGCCCCGCUGGAGAUCGCCGGGGUAGUGGCGGCGGUGAGCAAGCCCUUCGCCUGCCGCUUCUGUGCCAAGCCGUUCCGCCGCUCAUCUGACAUGCGCGACCACGAGCGUGUGCAUACCGGCGAGCGACCCUACCACUGCAGUGUGUGUGGCAAAGGUUUCACGCAGUCGUCAGUGCUGAGCGGCCACUUGCGCAUCCACACUGGCGAGCGACCCUUCCGCUGCGCGCUCUGCGGCCGCACCUUCAACAACUCCUCCAACUUCCGCAAGCACCAGCGCACCCACUUUGCAAGGGCCCAGCCCUGGCUUGGGGGUGACCCCUGCAGCCAGCAGGCGGGAAGAGGGAGGCGGGAGCCCUCGCAGGUGAAGAGAGAGGUUGACCCCUAGGCUGGAAGUGGACAGGGAGGAGGAGAGGGGAGAUUGGGGGAGCACAGAGGAGUGGCUGGUAAUGAAAAGCUGAGCCAAGUGGGGCAACCCUUCAUCACAGAAUCACUGAGGUUGGGGGGUGCGCAGCCCAGGUCCAAGUUGUGUUCUUGCAGGUGGUCCUUGUGCAUGAAGCUUGUCGCCAGCUGGUGGUAGCAUGGGGUGGGUCACAGUGCCCCUGGUCAUUGCGGGUUCUGGUCUUUGGGGUUCUCUGGGGUGUGCCCAGAUGGAACCAUUUUCCUGCCUCAGUGAACCCCACCCUGUUGCCUAUCUCCCAAAAGCGGAAGAGCCUCAGCACAUCCUCCACAAAAGAGACUUGGAGAUGCCCUCAAAGCCCAAGGGUAUCAGGUCAUAGCUGAGGACAUUUGAGUUUACAGGACAUGAGCCUCACUGUAAGGAUCUUUUGUCCCUCUACCCAGGAAUAGAAGAAACCUCCAUGUCAAGCUUUGGCCCAAGAACCCACCCCCCCCCCCCGUGUCUCCCUACCCCGCUCCCCCUUGAGCUAUGGUAACCAGUGCCAGGUGAGCCCAGGGUGGGCUGAUGAAGGCUGGGGGCUCGAGCUGAGAGCUGAGUCACUGUGC